AUGAGACCGCGUCAGAGUCGCAGACUGGCGGACAAGCUCUGUGUCCUGACGUGGCAACACCACCUACGGGCAUAUAAUAAGAUGGCUGAUACAUUAGCGAACAUGGCAAUGGGCUCUCGCAGGAGCAUCCAGAUGACCAUAACCCGAGAUGCGAUUUCCGGCGACAAAUGA